AUGGCUUCUCUCGCUGCGGCAUGUAGGGUGUCGGCACGCGCUGCAUCGCAGCAGCUGCGCAACCACGGCGCGAGGCGAGCACUGCACGCUGGCCAGCCCUCGCUGGCUGCCCAGAACUUCAACAUGCCCGCUCUUUCUCCGACCAUGACCGAGGGCAACAUUGCGAGCUGGAAGAUCAAGGAAGGCGAUUCCUUCUCCGCCGGCGACGUCCUCCUCGAGAUCGAGACCGACAAGGCCCAGAUGGACGUCGAAGCCCAGGACGACGGUAUUCUCGCCAAGAUCAUCCAGGGCGACAACUCCAAGCAGGUCCAGGUUGGCACCAGGAUCGCUGUGACCGCAGAACCGGGCGACGACCUUAGCUCGCUCGAGAUCCCCGCCGAGGACGCCGCAGCGAACAAGGCAGAGGCCCCCAAGGAGCAGCCCAAGGAAGAGUCAAAGUCAGUGCCCAAGGAGGAGCGAACUGUGACACCGCCCGCAAAAUCAGAUAGCGCGAAGAAAUCGUCCAGCAGCAAAGCGACGAAGCAAACAUACCCGCUUUACCCCUCUGUCGAGCAUCUGUUGAAGAACAACGGGCUCUCCAAGGCAGACGCAGACAAGAUUCCCGCAUCUGGGCCAGGAGGAAGGCUGCUGAAGGGAGAUGUGCUGGCCUACGUGGGCAAGAUCCAGGAAUCGUACCCCUCAGAGCUGGCAGACCGCUUCACGAAGCUCUCCCAUCUCGACCUGUCUAACAUCAAGGUCAUGCCCAAGAAGGAGGCACCCGCCAAGAAGCCCGCCGCUGCGGCCAAGGCUCCCAAGGUCGUCGAGGAUCUUCCCGUCGAGAUUGCCCUUCCCGUAUCUCUUACCGCUGUGACAGAGUGCCAGAAGCGCGUCAAAGACUCUAUCGGCGUAUUCCUACCUUUGACUACGUUCAUUGCUCGCGCUACAGAACUCGCAAAUGAGGACUUGCCCAGGUCCAAGACUGCAAAGCCUACUGCUGAUGAGCUGUUCAACGCGGUUCUUGGCUUGGACAAGGUGGCAGGAAAGGAGUUCUCGCGCGGCCACUUUGUGCCUCAGGUGACUUCGCUUCCUCCCACGACUGUAAACAAGCGACCUGCUAGCUUCAAGAAGCCGGAUGUCCUUGAGAUCCUUGCAGGAAAGAAGACAGUGGCUCGCGGAGCCAAGGCAGGCGGUGGAACGGAAAGGGUCGUUGGGCCUCUGAACGUAUUCAGCGUUAGCGUGCCUAAGGGUGACGAGAAGAGAGGGCGCGUCUUCCUCGAGCGCGUCAAGGCUGUCUUGGAGGCCGAGCCCGGCAGGCUGGUCGUUUAA